GUCGUUUUCAUCUGUACACGGGUUGUCCAACAGCACCAAGGCUCGCAGCUUGGGCAGGUCCCGAAGCUUGGCUAGCUCCCCCAGGAGCUCAGGAGUCGGUUGCUCAAGCGGCUCAAAGGUCUUGACAACGGAGAACACACUUCCGGGGAUCCCAAAGCGGUAAAGAGUUCGCUGUGAGCCUCAACAACCAGGUGCAGACUCCUUUGCGGCCGAGAAGGGUUAACCAGAGGGGAGGGCCUCCACGACAGAUCAGUCCGGUGCGGGAGCUCAACUUUGAGAAGAGAGGUGCGCCAGGAAGACUCGGGGAUUCCUUCAGCUCCUCACCUUCAUGGGCCAGACGGCCCUGGCAGGGGGCAGCAGCAGCACCCCAACCCCACAGACCCUGUACCCUGACCUCUCUUGUCCCGAGGGCUUGGAGGAGCUGCUGUCUGCUCCCCGUCCCGAUCUGGGAGCCCAACAGCGCCACGGCUGGAAUCCCAAGGACUGCUCAGAGAACAUCGAGGUCAAGGAAGGGGGGUUAUGCUUUGAGCGACGGCCCGUGGCCCAGAGCACUGAUGGGGCUCGGGGUAAGAAAGGCUACUCGAGGGGCUUGCACGCCUGGGAGAUCAGCUGGCCCCGGGAACAGAGGGGUACCCACGCCGUGGUGGGCGUGGCCACGGCCCUCGCCCCGCUGCAGGCUGACCACUAUGCGGCGCUGUUGGGCAGCAACAGCGAGUCGUGGGGCUGGGACAUUGGGCGGGGGAAGCUGUAUCAUCAGAGCAAGGGGCCCGGGGCCCCUCAGUAUCCAGCCAGACCUCACGGUGAACAGCUGGAGGUGCCGGAGAGGCUACUGGUGGUUCUGGACAUGGAAGAGGGAACUCUGGGCUACGCUAUUGGGGGCACCUACCUGGGGCCAGCCUUCCGCGGACUGAAGGGCAGGACCCUGUAUCCGGCAGUAAGCGCUGUCUGGGGCCAGUGCCAGGUCCGCAUCAGCUACCUGGGCGGAAGGAAAGUGGAGCCACACUCCCUGCUGCACCUGAGCCGCCUGUGUGUGCGUCACGCCCUGGGGGAUACCCGGCUUGGCCAGGUAUCUGCUCUCCCUUUGCCCCCUGCCAUGAAGCGGUACCUGCUCUACCAGUGACUUCCUGGACACCACAGAUGGCGCUGGGGCCUUGAGUGGGGUGGGGCAGCAGCACUGCUGGCCUAGACCAGCUGCUUUCAAGCCAGAGGCUGGGGGUUGGUGAGGCUGGGCCCCGACCCUAACCCAAGCUCUGGGGAUCCCACAGCCCCUGAGCCACCCAGAGAGGUGGAUGGGAGGGAGCUAUUACUUGAGGUUAUGGCCUCCU